AUGGAUUCAUCCUUAAAGUCAGAUCGGGAACUCAUUAUGGAAGCCAUUCGUCAAAGCGGAAAAGCUUUUCUAUUCACUCCAACUUAUAUUCAAUCCCAAGAUAAGGAAAUUGCAGCCAUGGCACUCAUUCAAAGUCCUUCACUUGGAAUAUCUUGUCAUCCAUUGCUGUACGACUGUGACUACAUUUCACAACUAGUUCGUCGAGAUGGAAGAAUUUUACAAUCACUUCCAUUGAUCUUGAAACAAAAUCCUGAAAUUGUUAAAUUGGCCAUCGAAUCCAAUGGAAUGAAUGUGAAACAUGCUUCUUUAGAAAUGCUCAUGCAAAACCUUGAACUCAUUGAAUUGGCUGUAAGCAAGAAUGGUCUCGCUUUGCAACAUGUCACCCAACAUCCAACCUUCAUGCAAUAUUUGAAAUCUCACAAGAUAUCAAAUCAGAAACAAACAACAUCCUAUUUAGAGGUCAUUAUCGAAAAGGCAUUAGAACAAAAUCCAAUGGCUCUCCAAUAUUGUCCCGAUUCGUAUAGAUCGAACCGAGAUGUUGUUUUGAAUUUACUUUCUCGAAAUGGAAUGGUGUUGGAAUUUGUCAGCUCUGAAUUGCAACAUGAUUUGGAGGUUGUGAAUACUGCUCUUCGACAAAAUGCAAAUUCUUUACAAUUCGUUCCUUAUGAAAUCAUUUGCAAGAAUGAGAGAAGUGUUCUGAGUGCUAUUAUGCAACAAAACAAUAUUCAAGCAUUGAAAUAUUAUCCCAAAGAACGACUUUGGAGCAUGUACGAGAAAAUAUUAAACGAAACAUCAUGA